UAGAAGAGUCACUCUGUGCUGCUCUUCAGUCACACUUGACACGACAACAAACCUGUUCAGCCAUGUUGGGAUAGAACACAAGACCUUCAGAGACGCUGCACUUUUUAUUUAUUUAUUUAUCCCAACAUCACUGACGCUUUCCAUGCAAAAGGGCACGAGAGACACAGGCACGUGACCCGCUGUGUGGAAAGGCUGCCGCGAGCUGACCGAACGCUGCGGCUCGUGAGGGGGGCGGAGACUCUGAGCACGCGAAAACAAGCUCGAGCGUGACAACAUUCCUGCUGCUGAGUGAGCACCUGCAGUCCUCUCGCGGCGAGCGCUCGCGCAGCAGGUACACACACACACACACACACACACACAUAUAUAUAUAUCGGCUUUUUGAGGAUGAGGAUGAAGAUGAGGAUGAGGAUGAGGACGGCGACGAAGUUCUGUCUCAGCCCGCGAGCUGUCAAUCAGGAUUAACGGUCACUUUAAAAAAAAAAAAAACAACAGUCCCUGCUGGAGCUCGAGCUGGAAGUCUCGCGCAGCGCAGCGCGAGGCGACUCCGUCAAUCACUCAGCGGCGCGCGCGCAACAAGCUCCCCAGUCAUUUCUGUAAGUUUGUUUUUGCGCGUGCUCGCGGAAUGAGGCGCGCGGACGGUUCACAAACAAAUAAAAGAAGCGAGAACGCGCGUGCAAAGCGUCAGCACUAAAGGUCAAAGUGGAAUAAGAGCAAGAGGAGAGAGAGAGACACAGAGAGAGACACAGAGAGAGAGAGAGAGAGAGAGAGAAGAUAGUUUCUUUUGGGUCUAAAGAGAACCAAGAGGUUCUUCGAGAAGGGCUGACUGGGAAGGCUUGCACGCACAGCACCGCACCGCACGCGCACCACUAAACUGAACUGAGCCGAGCCGAACCGGACCGGACCGGACAUGGACCGGAGGACGCUGUGCUCCGUGCUGCUGCUGCCUCUUCAGAUCCUGUGCUGCACCGUCAAAGCGCUCGUGCGCGUCUUGAUCCCGGGCAAACGCAGAGAUCUGUCCGGGGCUGUGGUGCUCAUUACCGGGGGAGGACGCGGCAUCGGUCGCCACCUGGCCCGGGAGUUCGCCAAGUGCGGGGCGAAGAAGCUGAUUCUGUGGGGUCGCACAGAGAAGUGCCUCAAGGACACGUGUGAGGAGAUAACGCUCAUGGGGACAGAGUGCCAUUACUUUAUCUGCGAUGUGGCCAACAGGGAGGAGGUGUAUAAGCAAGCCAAAGUAGUACGAGAAAAGGUCGGAGACGUCACCAUCCUGGUGAACAAUGCUGCAGUGGUGCACGGGAAGAGUCUGAUGGACAGCGAUGAUGACACCCUUCUGAAGUCACAGCACAUCAACACGAUGGGGCAGUUCUGGACUACAAAAGCGUUCCUGCCUCGCAUGCUGGAGCUGCAGACGGGCCACGUCGUCUGCAUCAACUCCAUCCUGUCUCUCUCACCCAUACCUGGCACGAUAGACUACUGCACAUCCAAGGCCUCGUCUCUGGCCUUCAUGGAGAGCCUGACCCUCGGCCUUUUGGACUGCCCAGGCGUUGGAUGUACCACCGUGCUCCCUUUCCACACCAACACUGAGAUGUUCCAGGGCAUGAGAGUGAGGUUCCCGAAACUCUUCCCACCGCUGAAACCAGAGGUAGUUGCACAGAGAACAGUGGAUGCUGUCAGAACCAACACAGCCUUCGUUUAUCUUCCAUGGACCAUGAACGUACUGGUUAUCCUCAAAAGCAUCUUACCCCAAAGUGCUCUAGAGGAAAUCCACAGGUUCUCUGGAACCUACACGUGCAUGAACACUUUCAAAGGACGGACAUAAGAACCAGGAGAGAAAGUUUGUCUGUGCUGUUAAUUAAAGAUGGAGUGUGUAGCACGUCUGAGCGCCGGACGCAGCUGAUCAGAAACAAUGGAAAAGAGUCAUGGAUGGAGAAUCGAGGAGUCAGCUGUGCUUGCAGAGUUUUGUAGAGACUUUUAACGGAGGAGACCUAAAGAGACAGGAUGGCACGUUGCUUGUGGUCAGUGUUGUUCAGACUGCACGACUGACCUGUGGUCAUAUUCUGUUGGCUUAAAGGCUGGACUGUGAACUGCUGAAGGAACCAGCAAAGAAAAGCAAACAGACUCAUGAAAAGAGCCUUCCGAUUUGUUAACCUUCUCUUCUAAAAAUGGUCUAUUUUUUAACAAACUAAUGUCACACAAAAUACAACUUUUGAAUAAAAUACAGUUCGGAGAUGAAACAUAUUUUAGGGGGUGUUUUAGGAAAAAUGUCAGAUAUUCCUGAAGGGAUUUGAGCUUUACAUCGUUGCCAGUUUUGGGUGGACAUCUCCUUAACGAAUGGAAGACCAUGGCAGCUUUUUUUCCAGUUCAGGAAAUGAGCUCAGAGUGUGUGUGUGUGUGUGUGUGUGUGUGUGUGUGUGUGUGUGUGUGUGUGUGUGUGUGUGUAAGAGAGAGAGAGUAACCCUGUCAAGAGGUGAAUGUUAAAGCUCUCCACAUACAGUGAGCAGAGAGAAACGUACUAUCGCACACAAACCCGAUGCCAUGUUUAUCAGCCACAUGUGGCCUCAUUCAGUCAUUUCUUAAGAAACCAAAUAACAUGCUCGGUGAUUUAUAAAGAUUACUCGAAUGAACUACAUUACAUGCAAAGUCCAUCUCAAAAACUAAAUCUAAAAUAUAACUGCAAGUGGCGAUGAAAGGCCUGAGCACCUCCGGUUCCGUGACCCAUCACACGUUGUCAUCCAAAUCUGGAAUAAACCUGAUGAACUGUCUAGGAGCAGUAGAGCAGAUAUUGAUGAAAAAGCCACCCUUUCUGUCGCCGAAUGGUGGCGCUAUACCAGAGGGUCACUUUGGGUAUGUGGAUAUCAUCAGAACCGUCAUAUCCUAUAACCUGUGAAGUUUGAGCCAUAUCAGGCAAUGCAUCGCGAAUUUAUGACACAUUUCCUGUUUGCAUGGCUUAACAUAUACAUUUAUCGUUUUGUCUUUUCAACGUCUUCCAAGAUAUCGCAAAUCCCUUCGCAAUUCAAAAUCAGAAACAUCUUGACAUUACGUAUACCAAAUAUGGCAUGAAUCCAACAAGCCGCCUAGGAGGAGAACGUCAAAAUGUAAUGUGUCGAAAUGCACAAAAUCAAAAAUAACACACUUCCUGUUGAGAAUGGAUAAUACAAUGUACAUUACAGUUUUGUUCGUCUUGGGGCACUCCAUACAGCUACCAGAUUUGGCAUGGAUAGGUGAAACUACGGUACAUACCAGGCAAAAAUCUCAAUUACAUGUGGGGGUGUUAUGGGGUCCCCCAGACACACCCAGGGCCAAGCCUCUAUCGCUGAGUAGCGGCGGGCAGGACUGAUUUGUGUACCAAAUUUCAUGAGUUUUCACCCAUGGGAACCACCUCAAAAAUGGCCUAAGUCUUGAAGAAGAAGAAUCCUUAGGAAAACAAUAGGGCCUUGCACCUCCGGUGCUUGGGCCCUAAUUAGGUUUUGGCGUGUGCUAUUUGUUCUUACUAGUCAUUGCAAGACAUAAUUGCACAUCCACUCUUUACAUAUCACUGAUGACAGGCCAAAAGAUGCAUCAAAAACUCUACAAAAUACAAUAUGCUCUGUUCAUGUGUAUGAAUGAAAAGUUUUUGGGCGCAGCCAUGGCCUGAAGCUUACAGAAGCAGCAUCGGGCCUAAAGGGUCGCUGGUUUGAUUCCCGGCAGAGGAAUUUUGCUGUGUUUGAGUGUAUGUGUGACAAAUAAAGGCUUCUUCUUCUUUA